GAACGCAUAUAGAGCAUGUGAAUUGGUUCAACUUUGUUUAAAGCUGAGAAUUUUUCAUGAAAAAGUUUGUCCAUAAAUAUAGUGCUUAUCGUCGGUCGAGAUCUUUGAAUUCCCAGUUCCAAGUGUAUGGUAUGGUACACAACUAAAGCUCUUGCAACAACUUCUGCCAAACAAUGCCAUCAAGAUUUCUAUGGCUUCUGCUAGCUCUGCUGUGUUUAGCCCUAACACCACGAAGAUCUGGUGGACAGUUAGAGGAAUGGUGCAUAGCUGAUAAGCAGACCCCGGCGGACGAGCUAAAGAUGGCACUUGAUUGGGCUUGUGAGAAGGGAGGUGCAGACUGCAGUAAGAUACAAGAGAACCAAGCUUGCUACUUACCUAAUACUCUGGAGCACCAUGCCUCUUAUGCUUUCAACAAUUACUAUCAAAAGUUCAAGCAGGAAGGUGCAACAUGUUACUUCAAUGCUGCUGCAAUUGUCACUGCCCUUGAUCCAAGUCAUAACUCUUGCAAGUUUGAGUAUCUUCCUUGAGGGAAGAGUGGAAGACCUAGAGGAUUUGCAGUGAGGUUUCAAGGUGGAAGCACAUCUAAGAUUUCAGUUUUGUGAAAGCAUUCUUGUAUCACUUUAAAAUCAAAUGAAGUUACUUUUUCUUUUUUAA